AUGAGAAAUUCAACAGCAGUAACAGACUUUAUUCUUCUUGGAUUGACAAGUGACCCACAGUGGCAGCUUGUACUUUUCAUAUUUCUUCUUGUUACCUACAUGUUAAGUGUGACUGGGAACCUGAUCAUUAUUACCCUCACCCUUACAGAUCUCCAUCUACAGACUCCCAUGUAUUUCUUCCUUUGGAACUUCUCAUUCCUGGAAAUUUCAUUCACAUCUGUCUGCAUUCCCAGAUUCCUUGUCACCAUUGUGACAGGAGACAGAACCAUUUCUUAUAAUGGGUGUGUGGCUCAGCUAUUUUUCAUCUUCUUGGGGGUGACAGAAUUUUACCUUCUGGCUGCCAUGUCCUAUGACCGCUGCGUGACCAUUUGCAAACCUCUUCAUUACACAACCAUCAUGAGCACCAGGGUUUGUAUCCUUCUUGUCUUUAGCUCCUGGCUUGCAGGGUUUCUGAUCAUCUUUCCACCAGUAAUGCUUCUGCUGCAGUUGAAUUUCUGUGCGUCCAAUAUAAUUGAUCAUUUUAUUUGUGACUCUUCUCCAAUUCUGCAGCUUUCUUGCACAAACACUCACUUUCUAGAACUCAUGGCAUUUUUUUUAGCUGUGAUAACAUUGAUGGUCACCUUGACAUUAGUUAUUCUCUCCUACACAAACAUCAUCCGAACAAUUCUGAGAAUUCCUUGUAAGCAAAGGAAAAAAGCCUUUUCCACUUGCUCCUCCCAUAUGAUAGUUGUCUCCAUCUCUUACGGUAGCUGCAUCUUCAUGUACAUUAAGACUUCUGCCAGAGAAAGGGUGACUUUAAGCAAAGGAGUAGCUGUGCUCAAUACCUCAGUGGCUCCUCUCUUGAAUCCCUUCAUAUACACACUAAGAAAUCAGCAAGUGAAGCAAGCCUUUAAAAGCAUGAUCCAGAAGAUGAUCUUUUCUUUAAAUAAAUGA